ACAUGAUCAUCACGCGCUUACAAACAACUGAAAACGCGGAACUCCCGCGGAGAUAGUCAGUUGGAGACGUCAUGACUCACUGGUUUCACCGUAAUCCACUGAAGGCUACAGUGCCAGUGAAGUUCGAUGGUCUAAGAAAGUGUGGAAAAGGCGAAAAGUGCAGCGAGAUUGUCACGCAGCUGAAGGUUAGCAGGACACACUUCCUGGACCUGGUGAACAAUGCUGGUAGUGCAGUGGACGAGGUGACGGUGGCCUUCACGGAGUACCUGGGGUUAGUGAAGGGACUGGUAGAGGCACCCCAGGGAGGAGAGAGCAAGCUGAGGACACUCACCACCUUUAAAUGGACCAACUCCCUCCAGGGCCGCACCCCCAGUGUGCAGACUGAUGCCUGGUUUGAGGUCGUAUCUGUUGUGAUGAACAUGGCGAUAUGGCACACCAAACAUGCUGCCCUCAAAGCAUCCGAUGACAGUAUAACAGUGGAAGAGGCGAAGGAAGUUCAUCGUUCGCUAAAACUUGCUGCAGGGAUGUUCCUGCACAUUAAGGACCAUCUGCUCCCCAAACUGCCAGCCACUCCUGAGAAAGGAACUGACUUUGAUGUGAGAGUAGUGGAGGCAUAUGCUGGCCAGUCGCAGGCUGAGGCACAGGAAGGUCUGUUGCUGUCAGUGUCACGUUCUUGUUGAAUCAUGGCAAACAUUAGUACUAUAAUUAUACCCUCUGCAAUAAGUACUGCUGUAACUCCCACUGUGUGACUGUGUGCAGUGACUCUGGGCAGAGCACUGGAGCUGGGUCACAAGCCCACAGUUGUGUCGGCUCUAGCCGCAGAGACUGGUCAGCAGUUCACUCUGGCAGGAGACGCCCUCAAGACUCUGGAGCCUGCCCAGUUCAACAAGUGGGCCACUUACCUCGCUCUCAAAGCCGCCUUCUAUGAAUCCUACACCUACUGUUUCUUUGGGAAGGAGCUGCUUGUGCAGGAGAAAUGCGGAGACUCCAUUAAAGCCCUGCAGCACAGCCAAGCAUUGUGUGAGAAGGCCACAAAGCUCUGUGAGAAGUAUGCCCGUACCAAAGGCCCAGGAACCAUUGCUCGUCCAGAAAGACACCCAUUCUUUCAGAAACUAACGCCCAUGGUCAAACUUCACCUCGACAAGAGCACCAGAGAAAAUGGCUUUAUCUACUACCAGAAGGUGCCAGCUGAGCUGCCCGAGAUGGAGCACCAUCAGGUGUAUGGACUGGCCACCCCAGAGGAUUUCGUCCUUCCUCCACACCAUCCUCUCUGGACUGAGGAGUCCUAUGCUGCCUUCCAGUUCUCCCCUGAUGCCAGUGAGAAGUAUGACACAAAGGCGUCAGCCAGUCAGGAAGAGAUUGGACCUGUCCCAGAACCUGACAUUGCCCCAGGCAAGGUGCCUGAGCCUCAGACCAAGUCUGGCUGCUCCAUCUCAUAGCCACACAACCCCCGCCCCCUGCCCUCUCAGGACCCAAAAUUAUUGUGUUCAUGUCAUGCAAUUUGUUUUUGUGAUCCCGCGCCUUUUUGCAAUGGCGGAGGAAGAAGCGCCGUUCAAGGCUGAGUAUGCCAAGUCUGGGCGGGCAGGCUGCAAGCUAUGCAAGGGGAGCAUCACCAAAGAUACACUGAGGCUGGCCAAGAUGGUGCAGUCUCCGUUUUUCGAUGGGAAGCAGCCGAACUGGUAUCAUUACGGCUGCUUCUUCAAGACGUGUCAGCCUCGCGCCACCUCGGAUAUCGGUGGGUUUGGAGGCCUGAGACCUGCAGAUCAGGACCACCUCCGCCGCUCCAUACAAGGGUCAGGGUCAGAGUCCACAGACGGAGGUGGCAGUGGUGGGAAAAAAGAGCAAAGGUCAUGUCACCACUCGCUCUGACCUCUGUGUGGAGUAUGCCAAGUCCAGUCGCAGCAGCUGCAAAGGGUGCAACUCCACCAUUGAGAAAGGAGAGGUGCGAGUGGCCAAGAUGGAGGCACCUGAUCCGACGGAGAGAGCGUACGCUGGCCUCAUUCCUCGCUGGCAUCACGUGACCUGCUUCCUGGAGAGGGCCUCAGAGUUGGAGGCUGAGGGAGUGGCAGCAGAGGAGCUGAGUGGAUUCUCCAAACUGAAGAAGGAGGACCAGAAACAGCUAAAGGCCCAGUUCCCCGGGCCUGGCAAGAAAAAAAGUGGCAAGAAGAGGAAGAUUGAGUCAGUAGAGGCGCCUGUAGGUGAGAAGAAGAAGACCAAAGUGGAGGAUGCCAAGCAACAGGGGCUGAGGGAGCAGGGAGAGGCUCUGUGGAAGUUGAGGGACAGGCUGGAGGCAGAAUUGACUCUGCCUCAGUUGAGGACUCUCCUGGCGGCCAACCAACAGACAAUUCCCAGUGGAGAGAGCAAGCUGUUGGACUGCUGUGUUGAUGGGAUGAUGUUUGGAGCCUUGAAACCAUGUCCAGAGUGCAGAGGGCAACUUGUCAUAGGUAACUAUAGUUACCACUGCACAGGGAAUAUCAGUUCCUGGACAAAGUGUGUUUAUUCAACUGUGGAGCCAUCCCGUGGAGUUUGGACUGUGACUGAUGACCUACGUGAAGAGGCCUCUUGUCUAAAGAAGUACAAGUACAGAGCUUCAGUGCGUGUGUUUGAAGAUGCUCCUCCAGCCCCAGCCCCAGCUGCCAGUGCUGCGUCUGCCAGUCAGAGCAGGUCCAGUGUGGAGACUCCUCUUCAGGGGUUCACAGUGUUCAUCAUUGGCAGACUGAGUCAGAGCAAGGCUCAACUAACACAGACCAUAGAGGGCAUGGGAGGGAAGGUGGUGAGUAAAGUUUCUGAGAUAACCACCAUUUGUCUCAGCAGUCAAGGUGAAGUUGACAAGAACAGUAAGAAGAUGAGUGAGGUGGGGGAGUGUGAAGUGCCGGUUGUAGAUGAGGCCUACCUGGAGGAUGCCAGGAAAGGCGGAGCUCUCCUGAAGAUCCCCUCACACACCAUCAGUUCCUGGGGUGCUCCUCGGCACUCCCUCACAGCCGAGGAGAUGACUGACUGUGGCACCGGCUCAUUCAAAUCUUCAGGAUCAGAUGUCAUGAAGCUAACUGUGAAGGGAAGUUCAGCUGUGGAUCCUGAGUCAGGGCUGGAGACCAGCCACCAUGUCCUGGAGGAAGGCGGUGUGGUGUUCAAUGCAGUGCUGGGUCUGGUAGACAUCAAGAGAGGCACCAACUCCUACUACAAGUUGCAGCUGCUGGAGGGAGACACGUCCAAGAACUAUAAGCUCUUCCGCUCCUGGGGACGAGUUGGCACCACCAUUGGAGGAAACAAACUGGAGAGCUAUGGAGCGUCCAAGGCAGCUGCAAAGGAGGGUUUCUCAGCUCUGUUCCUGGACAAGACGGGGAACAGCUGGAAGGACCGCGGAGACACGUUCAUUAAGAAGCCAAACAAGUUCUAUCCUCUAGAGAUUGACUACGGAACUGAUGAGGGGGUGGAGUCUGCGGUGUUGUUGAAGGGGGUUGGGUCAAAAUCCACCCUCCAGCCUGCUGUCCAGGACUUGGUACGGCUGAUAUUUGAUGUGGAGAGUAUGAAGAGAGCCAUGAUGGAGUUUGAGAUUGACAUGAAGAAGAUGCCACUUGGGAAACUCUCCAACCGCCAGAUGCGCAGUGCAUAUGCAGUCCUCACGGAGCUGCAGCAGGAGGUGGCUGGGGCUGCCAACCCAGCUCGUAUUCUGGAUGCCAGCAACAGAUUUUACACUCUGAUCCCUCAUGACUUUGGACUGAAGAAGCCCCCACUGUUGGACACAGAGGAGAUUAUCAAGACAAAGACUCAGAUGGUGGACAAUCUGCUGGAGAUCGAAGUGGCCUACUCCCUGCUGCAAGAGGAGCAGAAAGGAGAUCCAAUUGACACCAACUACACCAAGCUGAAGACAGACCUGCAGGUCCUGCCUAAGGAUGGAGAGGAAUUUGUGGUGAUACAGGAGUAUGUAGCCAACACUCACGCAGCCACUCACUCCUCCUACACCCUCGAAGUUCUCGAGGUCUUCUCCACUGCUCGUCACAGAGAGAGCAAACGCUAUAAGCCGUUCUCCAAGCUGGCCAAUCGCAUGCUCUUGUGGCACGGGUCUCGAGUCACCAACUUUGCUGGUAUCCUCUCACAGGGUCUGCGUAUCGCGCCACCAGAGGCUCCAGUCACUGGCUAUAUGUUUGGGAAGGGAGUGUAUUUUUCAGACAUGGUGUCAAAGAGUGCCAACUACUGUCGCACCUCUCACUCCGAUCCUGUCGGACUGCUCCUCCUCUGCGAAGUUGCCCUUGGCGACAUGUACGAGCUGACAAGGGCCCAGUUUAUUGCUCAGCUACCUGCUGGAAAACACAGCACAAAGGGUAUGGGUCUCACUGCACCUGACCCAACCGGCCAAAUAGUGACGGAAAAGGGUGUGGUCAUUCCAAAGGGGUGUGGUAAACCGACGUCAGUCUCUAACACAUCUCUACUGUACAAUGAGUACAUUGUCUAUGACGUGGCCCAGAUCAGCAUCAGGUACCUUCUCAAGUGCAACUUCCAUUAAAAGUGGUAGUAAUUGACUUUGUGACUGUCCAGAUCUUUGGGUAAUUAUAUAGCAUUUCUCAUUUCAUUACCCCAAUUAAAAGUUUCACAGCUGGGUUUAUAUUCAAAUUUAUGAUCAACUUUCUAGCAUCUG